CCCGCAACGAUGCCGCCGACCGAUCCGAACUUUGAUUCAAGUGUAAAAUAAUUCCUCGAGGAGCAGUCCGGAGCUGACCGGCAUUCUCUGCGCCGCGGCGGAGUUCGGGAACUCUCCUCCGGCCGGAUCCCCCGGCUUCACCGCCUUUGCGGGAGAAGUUGUGAUUUAGAUGAAACGGACAACAACGCGCAUUCUAACGGGAUUUACACCGUAUCCAGCUGCUCUGGAAUGAUGUCUGCCUGUCUGACGGGGAUUUACUGUCUACUGGCAUUUCUACAGAUUUGUUCAGGGUCUCGUCUUCGCCAGGAAGACUUCCCUCCCCGCAUAGUGGAGCACCCCUCUGACCUCAUUGUCUCCAAAGGGGAACCGGCCACUCUCAACUGUAAGGCCGAGGGCCGUCCGACCCCGACGGUGGAGUGGUCCAAAGACGGGGAGCGAGUCGAGACGGACCGCGACAACCCCCGCUCCCACCGUAUGCUGCUGCCCAGCGGGUCCCUCUUCUUCCUGCGUAUCAUCCACGGACGACGGAGCAAGCCGGACGAUGGCAGCUACGUGUGCGUGGCCCGAAACUAUCUGGGCCAGGCGAUCAGUCACAAUGCUUCCCUGGAAGUAGCCAUUCUGCGCGAUGACUUCAGACAGAACCCAGUGGACGUUAUGGUCGCAGUGGGGGAGCCGGCAGUGCUGGAGUGCCAACCACCCCGUGGGCACCCCGAACCCACCAUCUCCUGGAGGAAAGACGGCGCCAACUUAGAUGACAGAGAUGAACGCAUCACAAUUCGCAGUGGCAAGCUGAUGGUCACCAACACCAGGAAGAGCGAUGCAGGGAAAUACAUCUGUGUUGGAACCAACAUGGUGGGAGAGAGGGAGAGCGAGAUCGCUGAACUCACCGUGCUAGAGCGGCCAACCUUCGUGAAGCGGCCCAGCAGUGUGGUGGUGUUGGCAGAGGAGAGCGUGGAGUUCCACUGUGUGGUUCAAGGAGACCCUGUUCCCACUGUCCGCUGGAGGAAAGAUGACUCCGACCUGCCUAAGGGCCGAUUUGAAAUCCUAGAGGACCAUACAUUGAUUGUUCGCCAAGUGACCUCUUUAGAUGAGGGCUCCUAUACAUGUGUGGUGGAGAACAUGGUCGGCAAGUCUGAAUCAUCCGCCACGCUCACUGUCCAUGUCAAUACUGUGCCCCCGGCAUUUGCAGUACGCCCCAGGAACCAAGUGGUGGCAGUGGGCAGGACGGUCACCUUCCAGUGCGAGGCCACUGGCAACCCACAGCCAGCUAUCUUCUGGCAGAGGGAGGGCAGUGAGAGUCUCCUGUUCUCUUACCAGCCACCGCAGCCCUUCAGCCGUCUGUCCGUCUCCCAGAUGGGCAGUUUGACUAUUACCGAUGUUCAGCGCUCUGAUGGCGGCUUCUACAGCUGCCAGGCUCUCAACAUAGCUGGCAGCGUUAUUACCAAAGCACUGCUGGAGGUCACAGACUCUGGGUCGGACCACCCACCUCCUGUGAUUAGGCAGGGCCCUCUCAAUCAGACAAUUCCUGUGGACAGCACAGUGGUCCUGGGUUGCCAAACAGCUGACUCUCCACCGCUUACAGUCCACUGGAAGAAGGAUGGUGCCGCGGUGUCUCCAGUGGACUCCCGCAUGUCGGUCGCAGACACAGGAUCACUGGAGAUCCGCUAUGCCAAGCUGGGAGAUACAGGCUUCUACACUUGUGUAGCUUCCAGUCCAAACGGAGAGGCUUCCUGGACAGCUUACUUACAGGUGGAGGAGUUUGGAGUUGUUGUUCAGUCCAGUCAGCCAAUAGACCCGAAACUGAUCCCAAGCGCUCCAUCUAAACCUGAGGUGACCGACGUCGGCCGCACCUCGGUCACUCUGUCCUGGAAAUCGAAAGUCGAUGCCGGCGCUCUGCCUACAUCUUACCUGAUCGAGGCAUUCAGUUAUACGUCAGGCAGCAGAUGGGUGACCCUCGCUGAGCAUAUAAAAACUCAGACUUUUAUUCUGAGGAACCUGAAGCCUGCAGCUGUCUACCUCUUUAUGGUGAGAGCGGUGAAUGCUUACGGCCUCAGUGACCCCAGUCCAAUCUCCGGCUCUGUCCGUACACAAGAUGGCACUUCCACCAUGCAGGGGGUGGAUCACCGUCACGUCCAGCGGGAGCUCGGCGAUGUCGUUAUCCACCUGCACACACCAACAGUCGUGUCUGCUUCUGCUGUGAGGGUGCAAUGGAUGGUAGAGCAGCAGUCCCCAUACAUCCAGGGUUACAAGGUGCUUUACCGGGCGUCCGCUGAGCAUGGCCAGCCAGAGGGGCAGUGGAGUGUCCUGGAGGUACACGCAACACGGGAGGACGGCGUGGUAAUCGGCCAGCUGAGGAGAGGGUCCAUCUACGAGUUCAAAGUGCGCCCCUUCUUUGAUGAGUUCCAGGGAGCUGACAGUGAGGUGAAGGUGGUCAGGACAUUGGAAGAAGCCCCUAGCAGAGCACCCCAGGGCGUUACGGUGACAAAAAGUUAUGCCAAUGGGACCGCCAUCCUCGUUGCUUGGAAACCGCCCCCGGAACGGGAAGAAGCUGAAGUCAUUCAGGAGUACAAAAUCUGGUGCCUGGGUAAUGAGAGCCGGUAUCAUGUAAACCAGUCGGUCGAUGGCUCCACCUUUUCCGUGCUCAUCUCCAGUCUGGCGCCAGGAAUUCGUUACAGCGUGGAAGUUGCGGCCAGCAAUGGUGCUGGACCUGGGGUCAAGAGUGAUGUCACUUGUUUUCAAUUAGACUCUGCAGGACAGAUGAUGGAUAUCAGUGAGGAGAAAGACACAUUGUCUCAGAUCUCAGACGUGGUGAGGCAACCGGCCUUCAUUGCUGGCAUUGGCGCCACCUGCUGGUUGGUCCUCAUGAUCUUCAGUGUGUGGCUCUACCGCCAUCGCAAGAAGAGAAGUGGCCUCAGCAGCACAUACACCGGCAUCCGCAAGGUCCCGUCAUUCACCUUUACACCUGCAGUGGCGUAUCAAAGAGGAGAAUCUGUAUGCAGUGCUGGCAGACCCGGCCUUCUCAGCAUGGGUGAACCUCUAAACCAGCUGUGGCUGCCCGACAAUUGGCCGAAUGCAUGUGCCAAUCACAAGGACUGCAGCAUCAACUGCUGCAAUAAUGGCAAUGGCACCAGUGACAGCAACAUGACAACAUACAGCCGACCAGCUGACUGCAUAGCAAACUAUGGAAAGCAUCCAGAAAACAAACAGGGGGGACAUCACGGUUCUGACACGGCCAUUUACAGCGAUGUGAACCUCUCCAACAAGCUCAAUGAAAUUAAAACGUUCAACAACUCUAAGUUGUGCUACGCGAGUCCAGGAGGAGAUUCAACAGCCACAUAUGAACCCAUCCCCUACGCCACCACACAGCUAAUCCAGGCCAGCAUUAAGAAUAAGGCGGGCACCGGUGGCGCGGCAGCAGAGCAAAUGGACAUGCACUGCUGGAAACAGCCUCCCAACCCGCCUCCAAUACCAAAGGAGAUGGCGGCACAGAUGCAGUACAACAUAUUUGAGCAAAACAUGCUCAAUAAAGAUCACUUUCAAGGAAGUGAAGGAAUGAUCCCUCCUAAAACGAUCCCCUACAACCAGACCCGUGAUCACAGCACAGGAGGCUCACACCACAGCUCUGACAGAGGCAGCAACAGCACCUCCGGGAGUCAAAAUCAAAAGAAAGGAACGCGAGCCCCAAAGAUCCCAAAACAUAAUGCAGUAAGCUGGGGAGAAGCUCUGUCUACUCCUCAUACUAAUGCCUGGGACUGUGAUGAGUACAGCCUACCAAUGGAAAGGAGUUUUGAUCCAGAGGAGAGAAUAGAAGGCUGCCCCACCCUACCAGUAAGAGCGGCAGUCUCAUCUCCUGUUGAAGUGUCCUAUAGUCACCCACCAAACACAGUAUCGCAGGCAGACCUGAGCAAUGGCCUGCACGAUGGAGCUGAGCACCUCAGCCAACACGUCGCCAGCCACCAUCACCCUCUUUCCCCAACACACACCUACAGCUCCAUACCCUUCUGCAUGGAUACCGAUGUACAGGAAGAGGAAGAAGAGGAGGAGGAGGAAGAGGAGGAGGAGGCAGAGGCGGAGACAGACGCAGAGCUCGCUGAGAAUCACUACAGCCAACACCACAACCGGCAGAAGCACAAACACCAGCUGCACCACCCCUCUCCACACAAGCUGCUCCUCCAUGGGCUGGAGCAGACCCCAGCCUCCAGCACGGGGGAUCUGGACCGAUCGGUCACAGGGUCCAUGGUUAACAGCUGGGGCUCAGCGUCCGAGGACAACAUCUCAUCUGGCAGGUCCAGUGUUGUCAGCACCUCGGAAGGAUCCUUCUUUACAGACGGCGAUUUCAACCAGGCAGUGGCCUCUUCACGAGAUAUUGUAGGCCUGCGCGUGUGCAGAUACCCAGAGGAGUCAGGCCAACGGCUCCAGCGGCCCAGCAGCCCCAUGUCCACUGACAGCAACAUGAGUCCUGCAAUAACACAUAAAAGGCCCAGAAGGCAUAAACAGAACCAGCCUGGUCAACAAGGCUACCAGCCCAAAGAUGUCUUCAAUGAUGACUCCUGCAUGCCUCUGAAUUUUUCCAGCCAGAUGUCCCACAGCAACUAUAAGGUGAGGGGGGCCACGCUGCCUCGGAUGGGCUCUGGGGACGCCCGGGGUCGGCGUGGCAGCACUGGGACUCACAGGGCCAGGGAGGCUACGGAGAGCAACGACAAGCACACGACUCCACCAGGAGGAAAAGGAAGCAGCAAAAGCCGACAGCCCUCAGAAUUUGGGGAUGUCCUUCUGUACAGCCGUCCCUCUUUCCCAUCAGGUCAAGCUCAGAGGGAGCCUGAUGACACAAAUUCAUCCAGCUUCAUAUCAUGUGGAGACUCAAGGACCAAACAGGGAGGACAGGGGGAAGAGAUCCUGAAAAGCUAAGAAGCAAUGUGAGCACAACAGGAAUACCCUGCAGUGGCUUCAUAGAAAGGACUUUGACCUUUCACAAUCGAAGAAAGACUUUUAAAAAUACUGCACAAAACAUGCUAUUGUUUUUUCUACUUCAAAUUUCUCAUUAGGUGUUGAAAAAAAAAGAGUGCCCUCAUUUUUUAAGUCUGUAGACUUUAAUGAUGCACUGUUUAUUGUUUGCUUUUUGGGUGACCAGCCUCCAGGAGCCUGAACCGCUGGUUGCUCAUUAAAGUGAGAUGAAUGCACAUUUGAUGGCGGUCGUGAGUGUCUACAUGAAUAUUGUCCAUGGCGACUGCUUGAUGCGGUCUGUAAAUGAUCUUUGCUUGUCAGUUGUCUUGUUAUUUUACUAUAAUUGAUAUUCAGUCAUUACCAGCCAUCUUGUACAUUCUUGAAAUUGUUUACUGCCGCAGAAGUGCUUCAAAUUAAAAUUUUAUAUAACUGUUAAUGUUUUAUAAGUGAUGUACAUCUUGUCCUUGUAUAAUUUGUCCUACGUUGGUUAUAAAAGCACAAUCACUUAAUUUUAUUGUAUGUUUUUGUUAUCUGAAAUUUCAGUCUGGAGGAAAUCAGUCUUUGGAGUCUUGUUAAUCAUUUCAUCAGUUCACUUCAGGCUGAGCAAUUGAUUGUUGAUUGUGAUUGUGCAUUAAGUUGGGUACAUUUGAGCUGCUUUCAUUCAGAUUUGAACUUUCUAUUGUGUGUACUGAGAGAUUUGCAUGCAGAUUCACAUGUAAGAGCUUUUACUUAACACCUUGACUGCUUUGUCCCCCCUUUGGGAUGUUAACAAUAUCUGGUCAUGGACUGGUUCCAUUUAUUGUUUUCUCCACUGAGUCCAUUUCCUUUAGUCCCGUGUUCCCUUGACCUUUACUUCUUGAGCAGGAGUGAACACUGCACUUCAUUUAUCGGAUUACUGAAUUGCUUCCAAACCUAAAUUCACUCGUAUAGCAAUUUUCCUUGAAUUAGAAAAUCACAUUUAAAAUGGACACAUAUCAGAGAGCCAGUAAAGGACAGUGAAUAUUAUGAGGAACUGAUGAUUAAGAAAACACAUUGAUAUUGUGUAUUUAUAAUUCUAAAGUUACAUUUGCAUUGGACUCUAGAUUUUGGUCAUAUUGUCCAGCUCUAAUCUGUAAAUUAUAUAUGGAACAAAUAUGUCACUUUAACUACUCUGUUUGAAUAAAUAUUGCUGUUCCUUGAGCACCAACAACACAUAAUCUUUAACUCAUUCUUUUAAUAUUCUUCUAUAUCACCUGUCCUCUUUGCAGUUGCAACAUAAAUUCUGAUUUUCUGACAUGAAUAACCAGAAAUGGCAACAAAAAAACAACAGCUCAUGGUACGAUGACCUGAAUCUUCACGAACAUAUUAGAAAAUAUGUUAAACUCUUGUUUCAAAUGAUUGUUGAUCCUUUCCCUCAUCUCUAAAAAACCUAAGCUACAAACAAAUAUGAUGAGUAAGAUUUAUCCUGGUCCUUUUUCUCACCUUUUGCCUGAAAACACAUAAAAAGACCUACAUUUGUCCUGAAUUUGUCUUUAUUUGUUUUAGACUUUGAGAAGUUCAAAGCAAAUGCACAUACAGUAUGACAUCACCUCUUGCUCUUGAACCACUUAUGUGUAUAACACAAAGUUUACCCUUGUUAAUACUACAAGAAACAUAAAUGAAAGGAUUUGGUUGAUAAACUGCUCACUCUUUGUGUAGAAGUGGCAUCAAGGGAAAGAUGUCUUUAAGUGUCUUUAACCAUCUGUGAUUUAGACCAUGUCGUUUGCUAUGUUUAAAAGCAAAGAGACAAUUUAAUUGUAUUCCAAAAGGCCAGCUAUUCUUAAGCAUUUGGUGUUUGUUCCGUUAUUUAUAAUUAAAACAUCUUCAAAGUGA